UAAUUUUGAUACUUACAUUUAAACAAGCAACUUCACAAUAACGUUCAUUCAGCAAGGAAAAAUGAAAUUGUUCGUAUUGUUGGUGAUUUUUUAUGUAUCUAGUGGAAACCCCAAAGAGAUACCCAGCUUCUUGCAUGUAUGCAACAGAAACGAGCCGGAUUUGGAGAAAUGUAUUAUAAAAUCAGUGGAGGAUUUGAGGCCCAUUUUAAUAGAAGGAGUGCCUGAGUAUAACAUCCCUAGUAUAGAACCAAUGAUCAUUAGUGACCUACUUGCUGAUAAGCUGAAGGAUUUGGUGUUGAAUAUCACUAACGUUAAAGCUUAUGGAUGCAGUAAAUUCGUUGUUAAUAGUGUUAAAAUGAAUUUGGAAACUUUGGAUUGUAAUCUGGAUAUAGACUUUCCAGAACUUCGCAUCGAAGCUGAUUACAAUGUUGAUGGCAAACUUCUAAUGCUGAACAUUCACGGAAAGGGGCUGUUCCAAGCAAAUAUUACUGACAUUUGUUCCACCAGUAAUCUUAAAGGGGAGUUUGUGGAAAAAGAUGGCGACAAAUACAUGCACUACAACUCAGUCCAUACAAAAGCCAAGUUUAGUGGUGGCGUUGUGAAAUUAGAAAAUCCAAGCGCAGAUAAAGUCCUAAUGCAAAUUAUGAACGACGUUGCCAAUAAGAAUUUGGAAAUGUUUGCCAAAGAACUGAUGCCAGGAAUACAAAAAGCUUUGUCUGAUAUAUUUUUAAAUAUUGGUAACGAUAUUGUUAAAGAUUUUACGUUUGACCAGCUGUUCCCUCAAUAAAACAGGUAUUAAAUAAAUCCUUAUUUUAUUUA